GUUCAGCUCUCAAUAGAAUCCUACAAAAUUAAAAGCUAUUCCGGCUUGCUCUUACUCAAUGAGCUUGAGUCACGGCCUGCUGGUGGCUGCUUCGUGGUCACAGCUGCAGCAUUUAAAGCUCCACACGCGAACCGCUCGGUGUCUGCCGACCCGUCGAGCUUCUCUGACGUCUCCAAGUUAUUUCGACUUCCCAAAUAACUAACUUGAAUCAGAGUAAAAGUCGCACGCAGGCGGAGUAGCGCAAACCGCCGCAGUGGUGCUCAGCGUUGCGGAGAUGCCUUCCGGGAAAUCGUUGCGGAUCCAACUUGAACGCAACACCGCAGAGGACACGCGCGCCGGGUGCACGCUCCGAGCAGAAGAAGCCGCUCCAGUCUGCUCAAACAAGGAGGCGAUGUGUGCGCGGGAAUGGAGACGCUAGAAGGCCGCCCCUGGGUUCGUGAGUUCAACGACAACAGCGGAGGAGACUGCGGUGCGUUUGCGGGGUGACGCAGAUAUGAGCGGAGCGGUAGUAAGGAGGAAAAAGGGACGUGUACUGACAAACUUCAGGGGCAGAUGGACAGCCAUUCAAUCAGAUGAAGACCAACAACAGGGGGGCCUCAAGAGGAUUAGUGCCAUGUGGUCCUCCUUCCGCAGGGGCAAAAGAGAUAACAAAGACCCUGAGACGACAGGGGCGAUGGACCCCAUGGUGGCCGAAAACACAUCCAGGCAGCACCGCUACGUCAGUGGUCAGUACUUCUUUGAAUACCUCGUGGUGGUCAGCCUAAAGACGAAAGACAGCAGCAGCUACGAACCUCAGAUCACCUACCAGUUUCCAAAGAGAGAUGGGAUGGCAAGGUUUCAGAAGGAGGAGGAGGAGAAGACUCUAAAGGCGAUCACUCUCUUCUGUUUCCCAGAGGGCAUCAACUGGGCUCCUUUGACAGAAUACCACAGUGAGACUUUCUCCUUUGUUCUGACUGAGAUUGAUGGCAGCAGGAGAAACGGAUACUGCAGGAGGUUACUGCCUGGAGGGAAAGGAGCUCGACCACCGGAGGCUUACUGUAUCAUCAGUUCGCUGGCUUGUUUUGGCCUCUUCUCCAAGAUAUUCGACGAGGUGGAGAAGCGCCGGCAGAUCUCCAUGGCCAUGAUCUACCCAUUCAUGCAGAAGCUGAGGGAGGCUCCAUUCCCAGCUCCGGGGAACACUGUUGAGAUUAAGAGCUUCAUUCCGGAGUCAGGCACUGAGAUUAUCCGUCUGACCCGGCCGUUGGAUUCCUGGCUGGAGCAUGUGAACUUCAACACUCUGUUUGGCUGCCUGACAGACCAGGAGGUUCUGCUGGUGUUUGCCGCCGCUGUCCUGGAGAGACGGAUAGUCUUCAUCGCUGAUGAACUGGGCACAUUAUCCCAAGUGAUUCAUGCCGUAGCAGCCCUCCUUUACCCCUUCGUCUGGCAGCACACCUUGAUCCCCAUUGUUCCGGAGAUCCUGAUCGACGUUGUGAUGGCGCCCACCCCCUACCUGCUUGGAGUCCAGAAACGCUUGCUGGACCAGGUCACCGACCAGAGUGACCUUCUCGUGGUUGACUUGUCUGUGGAUAAAAAUACCACAUUUAUUGCUUCAAUCGGUGAUGAGAGUUCAAUUCUGCCCCCGAAGCUUCAGGCAGAAAUACUUGAGGCUUUAAGUAAAAGACAAAAACCAACAACGGUAGAGGAGAUGAAUCGGGUUGUGUCUGAAGCCUUCCUGCUUUUCUUUGUGAAGACUGUGGGCCACUACGGCUCAUACGUGAAGCGCCGCCGCCCCGGAGAGCAGGGCGUUUUUGAAAAGAGGAGUUUCUACAAAGCCAUUGAUUCAAAGACCACUCGACACUUUGUCAAGAAGUUCCUCCAGACUCAAACGUUCGACCUAUUUAUCCAGGAGGUGGAGCAGCAGACUGGACCGCAGCAAGGAAUAUUUCACAAGAAGAUCCUUGAAUACCAGGAGAAGAAGAAAAAGGAUAAGACAAAGAAACGCUAGGACCCUGGCUCUAUAUAAGGGAGUCCAUAGGAAAGCAUGUGAAUGUUUCACUGUGUGUUUGAUGUCCUUUGUUACUUUUUGGUUUGAGUCGAUGUGUGAUUCACUGUAUGUAGCUGCUAUUCUGUGAAACACUGGCAGAAUGAGAGACUAGUUUCAUGUGUUCGUUUUCAGCCUGUGGCCUGAUGAGUAGGCAAAUCAUUUCAUAUAAAGAUUAGUUUUUUUUUUUUUUAAUCAUACACCCGCAGUCAAUGUCUUUUCGGCAUGGAACCCAAUGGCUGGACGCCUGUUGUGUCUUACUAACAAAUAACUGCAAUAUUCAGCAUACAGUUUCCCUUUAUGGAUAUUGUUAAUUUUAUAAUCAAAUUUGGCUUUAACGGCCAAGUGUUGCUCUCGAAUUACAUACAUUGGAACAGGGAAGUGGUGCAUGGAGGAUGCAACUUUCCCUCCAACUGACUGGUAAAACAAUAUGAACUAUAACAAAUGCAAACCAGUUAAAAUGAUAGGACAAUAUCAUAUGGUUCCCCCAGUAUGUUGAGUUUUAAUGUUUCUAGAAAAUGGGGCUCAACAGAAAAGGUUUGGGAACUGAGUUGAAGUCAACAAACUAUCAAAUAAGAGACCUCGGGUUGAGUCUGAACUGAGCUCUUCUUCCGAAAGGCCUUGAAGAGAAACUUCAGCUGAGUUGGUGAAUUGGCCCCCACAAGCUGCAGAGGAGACGCAUGGGGGUGUGAGGGGCUUCUAGUGAAGGAUAAAUAUGGAAGUAAAUCUGUGCCAUCGGGGGUUGAAAUAAAAAGGUGAUUGAAUUUCUAGCACUGAAUAUUUAUGCAUCGAAAUUAUGUACCUGAAUGUUUUUCAACAUUAAAACACCGCAAAAAAAUUCAACCUAAAAAAAAAACUGUUGAAAUAUUCAGCCGAAAAAGAAAUGGAGGUUACAAUAUUCAACCCAAAAAAUUUCAACCUUGAGACACCAACAUCCCGGACACUAAGGAAGAGCAAUCGAUUCUAGAUUCACGAUCAGGACCGUGCGUCAAGCUAAAGGAGUGAGCACCCAAAACACCUUGGGCUCUGGAUUGUAGCCAUGUCCAAUAAUAAUGGGGCUUCAUACGUUGCCACACUGAUGGCAUAAAGAAGAGUUAAAGCCCCGUUAUUAUUGGACAUGGCUACAAUCCAGAGCCCAAGGUGUUUUGGGUGCUCGCUCCUUUAGCUUGACGCACGGUCCUGAUCUUGAAUCUAGAAUCGAUUGCUCUUCCUUAGUGUCCGGGAUGUUGGUGUCUCAAGGUUGAAAUUUUUUGGGUUGAAUAUUGUAACCUCCAUUUCUUUUUCGGCUGAAUAUUUCAACAGUUUUUUUUUUAGGUUGAAUUUUUUUGCGGUGUUUUAAUGUUGAAAAACAUUCAGGUACAUCAUUUCAAUGCAUAAAUAUUCAGUGCUAGAUUUGAUACUUGAAAACAAAAAUGGAAAACCAUGCAAUCAUCAAGAAGGCAAGGUGGGAUUUUAAACAAAAGAUUGCAUAUCAAAGAAUGCCAUGUGGUGUGUUCUUUGCUUUUGGAAGAGGGGAAGUAAAGGUUUGGGUGCAUAACACCACCUACUGUACACAAUUAUAAAAAAUGUAGAACAUAUUUCUGUAAUGCACCUUCCAGUAGAAUCAAAUUAUGUUUUUAAUGGUGUGUGUGAGCAGCUGGAGGACUACAUAGAAUCUCAUGAGAAGCAGCUCUGCCUCUGAUGAGAUUGAUGCUACACAAACUCCCAAAGUAAGGAAACACCAGACAAACAACAUUGUGAAUGGUUGGUAGAUAA